AUGGCCUUCAAUAUACCAUUAUUAAACAAUUUUGGAGAAAAUGUUUUGAAAUUUUUCAAUCCCAAGCUGAAAUAUGGAAGAAGAAUAACGAAGAACUGGUUUUUAAUGAAUCCUACUCAUUUUUUUAUGGCCUUUCUUUUUUACAUUCUGUUCGUUUUGGCCACAUAUGCAUAUAAUGCCUACUAUGCUGCAAAAUUAAAAACAGAUAAAAGUUUAUCAAAAAUUAAAUCUUCUUCAAGCUCCAAAUCGAAGAAUUCUCGUUGUGAUUUGAUCCUAGGAAAAGCAAUCCCACUCUACAAUUUACUACAAGUUCUUCUGAGUCUAGUUAUCACCAUAUUAACAAUAUUUGAAGCACGAAAGAGAAAAUUUUCUGUACUUCACAAUUAUGCCGAUUUUUCCAAGACGAACAUUGCUCUUUGUUGCUGGCUCUUUUAUUUGAACAAGUUAUUUGAUUUUAUGGACACCAUUUUAAUUGUUCUGAGAAAGAAAUGGAAUCAGUUCACCUUUUUACACGUAUAUCACCACAUAUCGGUUUUCCUAAUCAUGUGGAUUAACACCAGCGUUGGAUAUGAUGGAGACAUAUACUAUGUUAUAACUGUCAACUCCAUUGUACAUUUCAUCAUGUACUUAUACUACUUCCUUGCAAGCAUGAAAUUUAACGUGCCUGUAUUUGCAAAGGCCUGUGUGACAUAUAUCCAAAUGAUACAAUUUGUCUCCAUAAUUCUCCCAGCAUUUUGCGUUUUGUUUUUAAAAUACAACACCACGUAUCCCAUAAGACUUAUAGGAUUGAGCUUCUACUAUUGUAUCUCAUUGUUGAUUUUGUUUGUACAUUUUACCUACAAUACUUAUAUACGACCGAAAAAAAAAGUCGCUUAA